AUGUCAACAAAGUGCACUUACCUUUUCGGUCAAAGGUCUAUAAGUAACUCCAGAGUUAAGCGUGCUUGGGCUGGAGUAGUUGAAGGAUGGGUGACCUUCUGGGAAGUGGUUUCCGAAACCGUGGAUAGAGGAAAAAUCCAAACAUUUGUGCGGCAUGCUGAAGCAGCAAUUCUGGAGAUACAACCAAGCAAAUUGGGGGCACAAGACACUAAGUUUUGGCUCCCAACGGAGAAUGGAGAGUACACGGCGAAAUCUGGCUACUAUGAGGCCCUGAAACAAACCCCUGAAGAACCAAACGAGGACCACGAACAAGCUACAAAGAACUUUAACGGUAUGAUGAAUGGAGCAUUACCGGUGGAAGGCUGGAAGGCAAUGAAUGGAGCAUUACCGGUGGAUGAAAACUUGAAAGCAAGGAACAUCAACACAAUGGUACGAUGCCCACACUGCGGAGGAGAAGAAACCACAUCCCAUUUGCUCUUCCAUUGCAAUUUUGCAGCCCAAAUAUGGAGGAAGAUGCCAUGCAAAGAACAGAUUGAGCCAAUGAGGAUAGAUAACAUAAGAGCAGGAAUCAAAUUGGCACCACAUUUAACUUGCCUACCUCCCACAGGUGUUGGAGAGGGACCCAUAUUCCCCUGGAUCGUGUGGACAAUAUGGGUAACCCGAAAUCAGCUCAUAUUCGCUGAGGAAACAGGCGAAAACAGGCACAGCACAAGCAGAGCAGACAAAACCAGGGACCAGCCAGAGGAGAUCUUGCAUCAAGGCACAGCUUCACGGAGACACAUCAAAUCGCCACUCAUGGCGGAGGGAAUAGCAAUCCUCACGGCGCUUGCAAAAGCACGAGAUCUUGGAUACAAUAAACUCAUAGUCGCCUCAGAUUCACAGCAGCUGAUCAAGGCAAUCAACAAGGAGAACUUCAACAAAGAACUCGAUGGGAUUCUACACGAUAUCCUGAUUCUAUCACUAGCUUUUGAAUUUUUUUUGUUUGUCUUUGUACCAAGGGAGGAGAACCGUCAAGCCGAUUGGGAAGUGAGCGAGUACCUAAUGGCUUUUGGUAAAGGCAUUUUGCCGGCUCACGGAAACACAAACAAGGUUUGGGGAGUUGACGUUGAUCGUAUCUACACUCCAGUCUGUGUAGGAGGCAACCAUUGGAUAUCACUGUGCAUCAACUUCACGGACAGGUCCAUUGACGUUUUCGACAGUAACGGUCUAAAACGGUACAGAGAGGUCGACGCAUUCGCCAACAUGGUGCCUCGUAUCUUCAAGGAAGUGCAGCCAGCUGCUAGGAAGAAACUCCUGUCAAUUGCACCAUAUUCGACGAGGUAUGUGCCCAUGAGAAAGGGGAUUAACAAAAAUCAUUCUGAAUGUGGGGUGUAUGCGGUGAAGUUCAUCGAGUGCCAUGUCCUAGGACUUGACAUGGCAUUGUUGCAUGAUGGAAACAUUAAACAAGCUAGGCAGAAGAUAGCGUGUGAUCUUCAUGACGCGGCAAAGGAUCUGGUUUUGCUAGACCGGAUGACUAGGUAUGUACGACCGGAGUUUGCUCCAACUGAAGUUGUGGACAUCAGCUGA